UUUCUUUCGUUGAAGUGUCAAAAGUCAUUGCAAAUUAGUCAUUGUAGUCCACAAUUGAGUACUAUGUUAUUUGAAAUAAAAGUUGAGAUACGAAAUAUUUGUGGCACAUGUUGCUUUCGAGUUGAGUUGGUGAUUCGGUGCUGCUACAAUAAACAAUAACCGAACGGGAAUCAGGAUCUCCCAAAGGGAGGUGGUAGCAGAUAACAUCAGCAAUCAGCAUGAUAGUGUUAUAUAUAUAUAUUUAACUGAACGGUCUUUUUCACCAAAGCCGGUUGCUAUCCAUUCAAAGUAUUGUUUCUGACUCAACCGAGAUUGCAAAGCAAAACACAGUGAUGACUGAUGACUGGUGAGUGGAGUCUACAGCACGGAAACCGUUGACUGAGUCUAAGAAAAACACACCACACUUUCUUAGAAACAACGCCGCCCCCAGUCCCCACCUUUCCAUGGCCAUACCCAUUUCUUUCUCUCUCUCUCUUACCCCGUCAGUAUCUCACUUUCUCUCUUCAUACACCCUUUCUCUCUCAUGGAAAAGGCACUCCAAGCCGUCUUCGCCGCCACCGUGCCAGCGCCGCAAGGCCAAGACCUCCAUGCUUCUAACCCGCCACGACAACCGCGCUACCAACCCAACCCGAACCCGACCCGUUCCAAACCCUGACCAAUCCUCCAUCUCCGUCGUAGAUGCCAGCUGGUCCUCCGAUCCCAACCUCAAGAUCUCUCUUACCGAGCUCGCACGCGCCACUGAAAACUUCUCUCCAAAUCUCAUCGUCGGCGACGGCAGCUUUGGCCUCGUCUAUAAGGCCCGCCUCAACGACGGCACCGUCGUCGCCGUCAAGAAGCUCUCCCCGGACGCUUUCCAAGGCUUCCGCGAGUUCCAGGCCGAGAUGGAAACUCUAAGCAAGCUCGAUCACCCAAACAUCGUCAAGAUCCUCGGCUACUGGUCCUCCGGGCCCGAACGCUUACUCGUCUACGAGUUCAUCGAACGGGGAAACCUCGAUCAGUGGCUCCACGAGCCCACCACUGGGCCCAACGACCACAUCUCCCUCAGCGACCUCCGUUUACCUCUGUCAUGGGAAACCAGGGUCAACAUCAUUAGAGGCGUGGCCCACGGGCUUUGCUAUCUCCACGGGCUUGAUAAGCCCAUCAUACACAGGGACAUCAAAGCCAGUAACGUGUUAUUGGACUCCGAGUUCAAGGCCCAUAUAGCUGAUUUCGGGCUUGCUCGGAGGAUUGACACGUCCAAAUAUUCACACGUGUCAACGCAGUUUGCUGGGACCAUGGGCUACAUGCCCCCGGAGUAUGUUGCUGGGGCCAAUGUGGCCAACCAGAAGGUGGAUGUGUAUAGCUUUGGGAUUUUGAUGCUUGAGACGGGCUCAGGGCGCAGGACUAAUUUGCCAGUGAAGUUAGGGGAGGAAGAUAUUGGGCUGGUCCAGUGGGCCCGGAAGAUAAAGGAGCAAAAUAGUGAGAUGAAUAUUGUUGAUGUGAAUAUUUCAAGGGAAGGUUUAAGGGAAGAGUGUGUUAAAGAGUAUGUGAGGAUUGCUUGCAUGUGCACUGCUGAGUUGCAGAAGGAAAGGCCUGAGAUGCCUGAGGUUGUUCGCUUGUUGGAUUCCAUGCCGCUCUGAGCCUCCGCCGCCAAUGCCGGAACUAAUUCUCUUGUCCAGAUACUCUCUAUUAAUCAAUUGAGGUCAGCUAUGUCGAAGAAGAGGUCAACCGUGUUGAUGAUGAUGGUCAGAAAACCGAAUCGAAGGCAAAGUUUAAAUCUCUAAAGAGCACAAACAGUUAUUUAGCAACAGUUAUUUAGCAAAACCAAUUGCCAGAACGACGUGUCAGCAAAUAAUUGGACGGAUUGGCCUAUAAAUUGACAAGAGACAGAUGAAAAAAGAGUUGGAAUCUUUUCAAAAAAAAAAACGCUCACACUCACUCGCAUUUCCCAACAACUUAGUCAAUAGUUUUUUUGGAAGGAUUCCUUCCAUAUCUUUCAAUUGUACUUUACUAUUUUUGUACUUUUUUUUUCAUGCAAUUUACCUUCUUUGCAAUGUCAUUUUGUUUCCUUUAAAUUCAACAACUUUUAUUC